AUGGUCGUAAUCGCAAAAGAUGGUACAAGUAAAGUAUGGAAUGAUGGGGAGAGAACACCUCGUCAAUCUCUAUCACAUUCGCAUUUUGGCUUCGGAGCUAUAGAUGUUAAUCACGGGGAUAAAGUAUAUGAUGAGAAGGUACAAGAUAUCAUUGACAAUACAUAUGUUAUUGUUGAGUUUGAUAAUGGCUCUCGAGGGAUGCUUGACCUUUGCAUGUUUGCUAAAAGCGGUAAAAACGAGCAAGAAAUAUCCGUUGUUGGGAGAGGCUUUUGUUCUGAGAGUAUUGUUUGUUUUGGUACUCAUGUCGCAAGAAUAAAUGGUGUACGAACAUUGAAAGCUAAGGAUGGUCGAAUUAAAUAUGUUGGGUUACAUCAUGGAUCUAGUUAUUUAGAACACCUUAACAUCUUGUCCGCAAUUCAAGAAAAAAGUGAAAAAGCUCUCGUAGUGCGAGCUUUGUGUUACAUGGAAAGACUUUCGAUCGAGCUAAAGAAGAUUGGCUAUUUUGAUCCUGGAAAGAGGGUGCUACUUCGAAUCAACGACUCGUUCAUAAUGGGUAAAGAGAAGUCUCACAUCAACAUUGUGGUCAUUGGCCAUGUUGACUCUGGAAAGUCGACCACCACUGGUCACUUGAUCUACAAGCUUGGAGGUAUUGACAAGCGUGUCAUCGAGAGGUUUGAGAAGGAAGCUGCUGAGAUGAACAAGAGGUCAUUCAAGUAUGCUUGGGUGCUUGACAAGCUCAAGGCAGAGCGUGAGCGUGGUAUUACCAUUGAUAUUGCCUUGUGGAAGUUCGAGACCACUAAGUACUACUGCACUGUUAUUGAUGCUCCUGGACAUCGUGACUUUAUCAAGAACAUGAUUACUGGAACUUCACAGGCUGACUGCGCUGUGCUCAUCAUUGAUUCCACCACUGGUGGUUUUGAAGCUGGUAUCUCUAAGGAUGGGCAGACCCGUGAGCAUGCUCUCCUUGCCUUCACCCUUGGUGUCAGGCAAAUGAUCUGCUGCUGUAACAAGAUGGAUGCAACCACUCCAAAAUACUCCAAGGCAAGGUAUGAUGAAAUUGUCAAGGAAGUUUCAUCUUACUUGAAGAAGGUCGGUUACAACCCCGACAAGAUUCCCUUUGUCCCCAUCUCUGGAUUUGAGGGUGAUAACAUGAUUGAGAGGUCCACCAACCUUGACUGGUACAAGGGCCCAACCCUCCUGGAGGCACUCGACCAGAUCCAGGAGCCCAAGAGGCCCUCAGACAAGCCCCUGCGUCUUCCACUUCAAGAUGUGUACAAGAUUGGUGGUAUUGGAACUGUCCCAGUGGGACGAGUUGAAACUGGUGUGAUCAAGCCUGGUAUAGUUGUGACUUUCGGUCCAACUGGACUGACUACUGAAGUUAAGUCGGUUGAGAUGCACCAUGAAGCUCUCCAGGAGGCUCUUCCUGGUGACAAUGUAGGGUUCAACGUUAAGAAUGUUUCUGUGAAGGAUCUGAAGCGUGGUUAUGUUGCCUCAAACUCCAAGGAUGACCCUGCGAGGGAGGCUGCUAACUUCACCGCCCAGGUUAUCAUCAUGAACCAUCCUGGGCAGAUUGGAAAGGGCUAUGCCCCUGUUCUCGAUUGCCACACCUCUCACAUUGCUGUAAAGUUUGCUGAGCUCCUCACCAAGGUUGACAGGCGAUCUGGUAAGGAGCUGGAACAGGAGCCAAAAUUCUUGAAGAACGGUGAUGCUGGUUUUGUUAAGAUGAUUCCCACCAAGCCCAUGGUGGUUGAAACUUUCUCAACGUAUCCUCCACUCGGUCGAUUUGCUGUGAGGGAUAUGCGUCAGACUGUUGCUGUGGGUGUUAUCAAGAGUGUUGAGAAGAAGGACCCCUCUGGUGCUAAGGUUACCAAAUCUGCUGCCAAGAAGGGUGGCAAGUGA